AUGGACGAUUACAUGUUCAAGGCGAAUGUGGAUCGCUGCAAACAUGUGCAAGAGGCGACGACGUAUCUCGAGAUCUUUACAUACUCUGUGAGUGUGUCCUUCCUUGGAUCAGUUCCUGCAACUGGAGAUGAGGGAUUUGGACUUGCUUUGCUAAUCGGUUGGGCUUUUGCGCAAGGAGCUUUUGCGCCCCCGGUGCUGCGGGCGGGAGUCAAGGUGGUAGCUUCUAUGCGAUUGAUUCUCCAGCAAAAUGCAAAACACCCCGAGACCUUCACCCCGCAUGUCAUCUCCCUCCGCCCUGAAAUAUACAAGCACAUGGUGGAAGCUCUGAACCUGCCUUACCGCGGAAUCGAAAGUACAAGUGCUGUAGGCCCCUUAUUCUGGUCAGCUUGGGACCAAGAUGAAGAAAACCCGCAUCUGCAAAUUGUAUACCGCAAAUCCGACGUCCGCAAGAAAGGCCUCACGCGCGGCUGGGAACUAAUGCUCUCACACGACGUCAAAGCCGGCAUGACGACCGGCUUCAGCAAAGGCACACCCUCCUCGGACAUCGUAGAAUGCAUCAAGCACCUAAAAGCCUGCUCACUACAAAUCGGACACCCCAUGCUCCUCCCCAUCAUAAUAUUCUCGCACGACGUGUCGUUCAAGACGGACAUCAAGCAGCGGGACGCGCGGGACUGGCUGCGGCGGCUCGAGCACGCCGUCAGCAUGCGCAGCGAGAUCGAGGAGCGCGAGGGCUAUGUGAAGGACGGGACUGUGGAUCUGGAUGCGGUCAAUAGGGAUCUGGUCGAGUGUCACUCGCAGGUGCUGUGGAAGCGGCCGAAGGCGUAUAUUGAGAUCUUGAGGGCGCAGGAGGAGUCGAUGCGUAGGUUUUGGAAGGAGUUGAGCGAGGAGAGGAGGGCGGAGGGCGGGAUGAGAAAGUUGCAGGCUAGUAUGUUGGCUAGGUUGGACUUUUAUAGGGUUAAGUUGCAGGGGAUCGAGAGUUAUGCUUAUACGACGCUGCAGAGGCUGGAUAUCCAGAGGAGUGCGCUUUACAACAUCAUUGCCCAGAAGGAAUCAAAGCUCAAUUUCCAAAUGGCCGGGGAACAGCGCAAGCUCGCGCACGCCAGUAAACGGGAUUCAGCAGCCAUGAAAACCAUCUCUCUCCUCGGUGUCAUCUUCUUCCCGGGCGCAUACCUCGCCUCUGUGUUCUCGAUGACAUUCUUCAAUUUCCAGGACCCCGGACCAGUCGUCGAUGGCCGGUUCUGGAUCUACUGGGCCAUCACGAUCCCCAUCACGGCACUCAUUGUGGGGAUAUGGUAUGUGUGGGAGAAGAAGAGGGAGAGGAGAUAUGAGAAUGAGGAUCAGGAUUUGGAACGGGGGAGUGAGGCAAUGGAGAAGGAGAUCAUGGCUAUGAUGAGGAAGAGGACCUUGAGUAAGGCGAGUACAUGGGAUACGAAGAAAAAGGAGUGA